UGCUUUCUGAAGGAGUGGCCUCCAAUCUCUAAAUUGUUUCUGCUCCAUGUGAAAGGUUUAUCUUCUGACGCUGUUCCUCUAGUUAGUCCACCUUAUGUUCAGUGAGAGAUCCCACAAGUGCCUGUGACAUUCACAGCACCGGCGUCUAUAAAAACCCCCGGUUUGUGUGGUUGUCAUCUUCUCUUGCUGUCCUGCUGCUGUUAUGGCCCUGCUGAGAGUGUCUUCCUACCGUAAGCUGUUUGAGGAGGAGCAGUGGAGCCAGGCUGCAGGACGCUGUGGAGUCCAGGCCCGCUUCACUGCCAGGGGUGGAGUUUCAGUGCGUGAAUGUCCCGAGCUGGAUUUUGCUGCAGCUCGUGCCCUAAGCAAGGAGGGUGUGGCACGAUUUGUCAGUGAACGCUCUGUCAUCGCUGCCCUCAACGAUCGCCUGGCCGGCCUCAUUGACGUGGUCCGGUGUCUAGAAGAGGAGAAUGAAUCUCUGGAGGCAGAGAUUAUUGAGCUGGAGGAAAUGAUGGAGUCAGAGCAGAUCUCCACCACCACCGUCAGCAUCAGCGGUCCUGUGGACUACAGUCUGGAGGCUGUGAUAGAGAGGCUACGGAAAGAGAAGGAGGAGAUUUUAUGCAACACGGAGGAGCUGAAGGGUGAGCUGCGGCGUCUGCAGAUGAAAUACGAUCAGGUGGUUGAGCACAAGAGACUCAUCCAGCAAGAGCGAGAAGAUGUUUCUGUGGAGGUGGAUGCAAUUACCACUGACUGCCUGGCCCUUCGAGAGCAAGUGACCAUCUAUGAGGAGCAGCUGGCCACCAUGGAGAGGCAGCAUGAAACGAGGCUGGAGAAACUGUGUGAGCCCAGGACUCCGGAUGAAGGUUCUCCUACUGUAUCCCUGCAGUUCCCCUCCUUUGAUAUCACUCCAGCCAUCAUGGACAUCAAGGAGUACUAUGGCACAUUGGCUGAGAGCCUCAAGUUUGAGUUCAGAGCCUCAAGCACUGCUGCCAUUGAUGCUGCAGGAAAGGAGAAGGAGGAGCAGCUGGCUAAGUUGACUGGAGGGAAAGUGAAGGAUGUCUCCAAAGAGACUGAUGUGAAUGUCCUCAAGAACUUGAUUGCAGAGCUGCAAAAAGAGGUGGCAGAACUGGAGAAGCGUGGAGACGAGUUGGAGGCUGAAAUAGAAGGCAGGAAAGCCAAAUACCUGGAGGGAAUAGAGAAGCUGGAGAAUUACAUUUGUCAGCUGGAGGAGGAGGAGGCUGAUCUUCAGUUCCAGAUGAAGGAUCAGAGUGGGGACUAUGAAGAACUGCUGAAUCAGAAGAUGAAUCUAGACAUAGAGAUUGCUGCUUUCAGGGGUUUGGUUGAAGAAGAAGAGGAGAGACUGAGCUGCCUGUAAGCUGCAAGAAGAGGUGAUGCUCUCCUCUGGACUGAAGCAUACACAAAGAAACACUAAAACCACAUACAAUUCAACCCUUAACAGCAAGUCUCACAAAUCAGGAAAGUAAAGAAAACAGCUGUCAGACACACUUAACCCUCUGAGCAGAUGUAAACCUUCACUGACAGAUGAACUUCAGGGAGUUCGUGCAAGCUCAUUGAUAACGGGUCAGUGGCAGGUAACCUCGGGCCUUCAAGAAACACUGGAUCUGUGCAGCAGUGGGAGUGUGUUGAGAGUGAUGGGGGAUUUUCAGCACUGGAAUCUCCUAUUGAAAGUUUCAUAGUCCCUGUGACUGAGACAGAUACACACCCUACUGUUGAAAAGUUUGGGGUCAGUAAGUUUUCUUUUUUUUUAAAGAAGCUACUUUUAUCCAACAAGGACGCAUUAAACAAAGGUGAUGAUAAAGACAUUUAUAAUGUUACCAAAGACUUCUAUUUCAAAUACCCCCCCAAAAAAGAGCAGCACAACUGUUUUCAACAUUAAUAAUAAGAAAUGUUUCAUGGGCAUCAAAUCGGCAUAUUGCAAUGAUCUCUGAAGGAUCAUGUGACACUGAAGAAAUUAUGCAGGAAAUUCACCUUUGCGAUCACAGGAAUAGAUUACAUUUUGAAGUAUACUGAAAAAAAGUUACUUUAAAUUGUAAUAAUAUUUCACGAAGUUACUGUUUUUUUGUUUUUUGUUUUUGAGACUUCUUUUAAAAACAUUAAAAUAAAUAAAUCUUACCAACCCCAAACUUUUUAAAUGUACACACAUUUCCUUGUGCUCUGUUGAAUCUAAACCUUUCCUGUACUGUCCAAACAUUGUUUUAGAGCAUUUACAUGCACUUUAAAAAAGUUUCAUUUGGAUUAAAAAUUUAAUUUUUCUUAUUAAAAUGCUUUAGUCUGACCAAAA